AUGUUCAUUGAUUUUUCUCCAGUUUUUACACUUCCUCGCAUUGUUCGUAGUCAAUAUCAGAUUCGCUGUUUAACACGUGAUGCAACAAGUGAAAAAGCUCAAGCAGUAAAAAGGUUGAGUGAUGACACCGAGAUUGUUUCAUGCGAUAUCAACAAGAAAGAGGAUGUUCAAAGAGCAUUUAAAGAUUCGUGGGCUGUUUUUGCUGUAACUGACUUUUGGGCGCAACCCGACAAACCUGAAGCUGAACUCCAGCAAGGUAUAGUGAUGGCAGAUGCUGCUGCUGCGCUUCAAAUCCCGUACUUCGUAUUCAGCGCCCUUGAAGACACUCUCAAACUGAGCAGUGGAAAAUACGACGUACCACACUUUGUACAAAAAGCUAAAAUACGUGAUUAUAUCAAGGAAAAAUACCCGCUAUUGAAAGCAAUUUACAUCGAGCCCGCAUUCUACAUGCAGAACUGGUCAGGCAGUCUCAAGCCACAGAAAUCAGGUGAUGGUACGUUGAUUUUUGCAUUGCCUCUCAGUGAGAAGAAAACAUUGCACAUGGUGGAUAUUGAAGAUACUGGUCCGCUUGUUUUCAAAAUUUUGAGUGAUCCAGACAAAUAUGUGGGUCAAGAUAUUUGCCUUUGCGGCGACGCAAUUCAAUUUACCGACAUUCCUAAGGUUUUUACUAAAGUUACUGGUGUUCCGGCUUCAGCAAAAGCAUUAACGGAAGAAGAAUACCGAUCGAACAUUCAGUUCUUACCGAAACUUUUACAAGAUGAAUUAUUUGCUAUGUUCCAAUGGUUUCAAGAGUAUGGCUAUUAUGGCAAAGACAAAGAUUGGACAACUGGACAAAAGGUGACACCAUUAAAUACAUUUGAACAAUGGUUGAAAAAAACCGGUUGGAAAGGUGAAUAA